AUGGCUGAUGAUAAAAUGUAUAUAUCGUACAACAAUGUACAUCAAUUAUGUCAAGAGUCAGCAGAUAAAAUCAAGCAGUUUAAACCAGAUUUAAUCAUUGCUAUUGGUGGUGGUGGGUUUAUACCAGCAAGAAUGUUAAGAUCAUUUUUAAAAGAACCAGGUCAACCAAAUGUUAGAAUUAUGGCAAUUAUUUUAUCAUUAUAUGAAGAAAUUAUAAAUUCAGAUGGAGUUGAAGAAAAACCUGGUACUCAAGUUGUUAGAACUCAAUGGAUUGAUUACAAUCAAUCCAAAGUAGAUUUAGUUGGUAAAAAUAUUUUAAUAAUUGAUGAAGUUGAUGAUACAAGAACAACUUUACAUUAUGCAAUUAGUGAAUUGAAAAAAGAUGUAAAAGAACAAUCAGAAGCUCAAGGUAAAGAUCCAAAUUCAACAAAAUUUGGAAUAUUUGUAUUACAUGAUAAAGAUAAGACUAAAAAAGCUGAUUUACCUGAUGAAAUAAUGAAAACUGGGAAUUAUUUUGCUGCAAGAACCGUACCAGAUUGUUGGAUUGCUUAUCCUUGGGAAUCAACUGAUAUUGUUUAUCAUCAAAAAAGAGCUGAAGAACAAGGUAAUGAUGUAUUUUUACCAUCAACUACAAAAGAAUAA